CGAUUCAAGAAACUUUUUUGAAAGGACUAAAAGCCAGCGAAAAAGUCUUGAAAGGUAUAUUAUGAGCCAAAGAAGUGCCAUGAUCAGUACAAAACAGCACAGAAAAUAUAGCAUAUACAUAAAAAGUCAACGUAAAGCUAAUAGUGACACAGAGCUAAUGACCAAAACAAAAACAACACGUGUCAGACAUAGGUCCGCAGAAAAGAAAAGGCCAGGAGUUAGUAUGAGACCAGAAGAUACGGAAAAACAAAUUAGCCUCAUCUUGGGCAAAAUAAAACCUGUCCCAGUGCCAGAUUUGGACCCUGAGCCAGAGUUUGGACAAAACUUUUUUAUUUUUGGUUGUUUCUUGUAUAUAUUUGAAUGCAUUUCUUUCUGUUGAAAUAUGUUAAUAUUUUUAACAUAUUCAUAUUAAUAACUUUUUCUGCUGUGUGGAUCAUGAGCCUGAUGAACGGUUAUCUUUGAAGUCAUUAACGAUAGUUCAGUCCCGACAAACGCCCCAGUUCAACACAGCAGGCCUUUGUAUAGGACAGAACCGCAGGGAUUAAAUGGAAGCACAUGAUGGUUCGAGUCCCGUGAUUUCUGAGCCUGUUAGGGGGUUAGGGACUCUCUGACAUUUCUUUUUCAUUUUUUGUCCUCUCUCUUUCUUUCUUUCUUUCUCCUUAACCUUCCGACACCAGACAGCACACACCUCUCCGACUCUCUCUCCCCCUCUCCUCCCUCUCUCUCUCUGUCCACUCCAUCAUGGCAUCUCCACGGCUGGAGACCUUCUGCUGUCCGAACCGGGACGCAGCCACGGACUUCGUGGUCUCCUUCCAGCCGACUCUGUUCGGGGUUUUGACUCUGUCCAGCGCGGCUCUCAGCUUCGUCUUUGCCAUUUUACAGAUUUUGCCCAAACGCAAAGGCUUCAGAAGACUGGGGCAGUUCCCCCUGACCAGGCCUGCGUCCUCAGUACGGAUUCUCUUCAUCAUCAGUCUGUGUGACAUCCUGGGAUGUGCAGGUAUCAUCAUCAGGUCCUCAGUCUGGUUAGGCCUGCCCAAUGUUGUGGAAGAGAUCUCCGUGGCCAACAACACCAGCAUCUGGCCAGAGACCUUCUGCGUAGGCAGUUCGAUGUGGAUCCAGCUGUUUUUCAGCGCUUCUUUUUGGUGGACCUUCUGCUACGCCAUUGACGUCUUCCUCGUGGUUAAAACCUCGGCAGGAAUCAGCACCAUUAUCCUCUACCACAUGAUAACAUGGGGUCUGGCUGUGCUGCUGUGUGUUGAAGGAGUGGUCAUGCUCUACUAUCCGUCCAUUUCUGACUGUGAGCUCGGCCUCCAACACGCCAUCCCUCACUACGUCACCACGUAUGCACCCAUGUUACUGGUCCUUGUGGCCAACCCUAUUUUCUUCAACCGCACCAUAUCAGCAGUGACGUCUCUGCUGAAAGGACGGCAGGGAAUAUACACAGAGAAUGAGAGGAGGCUGGCAAACGAGAUAACACUUCGCUUCUUCAAAAUGAUGCUGGUGUUUGUCAUUUGCUGGGUCCCCAACAUCAUCAAUGAGAGCCUGCUCUUCUACCUGGAGAUGCAGACUGACAUCACUGACAGCAGCUUAAGGAACGUUAGAAACGCAGCACUCACCACGUGGUUUAUCAUGGGCAUCCUAAACCCCAUGCAGGCGUUCCUCAACACCCUGGCCUUCCAUGGCUGGACAGGUCUCAACGUGGACCUCAGCCUGCAGCAGAACAGAGAACUGGCCUGGGAGUCACUGUCCACAUCGGUACCUAACACGACCAACCCUAACCCCAGGGUAGGAACCACUCUACUCUACCAGAGUCACAUCCAGGAAGCUAAGAAGGCCAACGGCAACGGACAGCACUUUGACGCCAUCAGUGUCCUCUCAGAAGGUAAAUGGCCUCUAGAUGGCAACAACAGCUCACCUAUGUAUGAGGGCUGGUGACGUUGCUACAUUGGUCGUGAGCUUCCUGUCUGGUGCUGGGUGUCUGCGGAUGCUGUGAAUGGACUGAAAUGUUUAGAAUGAAACACUUAGGACAUCAUCAACUGAGGAAUCUGUUCUUUUUUUUUUUGUCUUUUGGGGCGGGGUUUAUAACUGAGGGUAAAGUUUAACACAAACUUAUACUUAUAAAUAAAUAUACUCCAUUAAACUCACUAAGGUGAUGGGUUAAAGCCAUGCCCCCACUCCAGGGGCCAGAAGUUCCCCACCCACAAAUUGAAAUACUAUUGAGCACCUGGCCAAAUUUAUUUAUUUAACUGUACAAACCACUGUACGAUCUGCAUACCAUCAAUAUAGAUUAAUAAAAUGAGCUGCAAUGCUGCCAUCUAGUGACUAGAUGCUUGUUUAGCGAUUGUGUUGAUAAUGUACAAGUUACAUGUAUGGGAGGUGGAGUGGGGAGGCGUGGUGAGAGCGCGCGUGUGUAUGAGGACGAGAGAGUGCGGAGAGUGAGAGAGGAGGAAAAUGCGAUUGUGGAGAAGCUGGGUUGGGAGCAAUAAAGGAGUUUAGAACGAGUUACUGCAAUUGUGUUUCAAUAAAAGUUCUUCAGAGCACUGAUGCAUCAGACUGGUCUGUCACCGGGACAUUACACUAUUAUUAGAGCACACCUCGUUUCGUGAAACCCAAGCGUUCUCGGGUUUUCAAUAUAAGAGGAAAAAACGAUAAUUAUUCUAACAGAUAUUCCAACAGAUAUUAUCGAUCGGCCGAUAUUAUCGGACAUCUCGCUUUAUUAAAAUUAUGAGAAUAAAGCUUUACCAUUUCAAAAAAGCAAUACCAAUUUAUGAUAAUUAAGUGUUGUGAUAAAAAGUUGCCAAUACAUGAAUUCAAUAUUGUAUUCUGUUAAAGAUAACAAUUUCAAUUUAUACAAAAGUAUAAAUUGUAGAAAAUAUAGUGAGAAACCUCCAUGACAAAAAAAAAAGACA